GGGAGCCUUCAGAGGAGGAGACAAAGCUGGAGCCAGCCUAGGCAACCCCUCCAUGGCAAAGGAGAAAUGGAGAGCGGCGGCUCUGCACAGGUUCCCAUGCUCAGUAGGGCCUGUGGGCCGACUCUGGAGCUGAUGGCCGUACCGGGCAGAGCUCUGAGGACUGUUCCACCCAUCCCCUGCUCACCUGCUCUGCAAGAGCCCUCGGGAGCUCCAGAAGAUCUGGAAUCCCAGCACACAUGCAUUGCUCCGUCCGUCCCUUUCAAAGGGAAAGGAGCUGCGCCACAUCCAACCAGGAAGGCAGAUCUGGAAAUUGUCAGGACGGAAGCCAGAGGCCAGCAAUGCCGAGCAGCGAGCAGUUGAAAAGCCCAGCCUGCAAGCACCUCCUCCUCUUUAUUCUCUCCCAAUUCAUACUCGCCCUCUGUUUGUUUACAUACCUUCGGCCCUCCAGGGACCGAGGCCCAGAGCCCCAGGCUGGCAAUCCCUCUGCACUCACAAUCCAGCCUGGGAACAACCCCACAGCUCCACAGGCUGGUUCGGAACUGAUCAUCCUGCUAUGGACCUGGCCCUUUGGGCAGCCUGUUGCUCUGCAAAAAUGCUCUGAGCUCUUGGGCAUCGGGGACUGUCACAUCACGGCCAACCGCAGCUGGUACCACAAGGCCAAUGCGGUGAUUGUGCAUCACAGGGAUGUGUGCUCCAGCCCAAAGCAACUGCCCCAGGGCCCACGGCCCCCAUCCCAGCACUGGAUCUGGUUCAAUCUGGAGUCCCCCAGCCACAGCCCUAACCUGGGCUUUAUGGAUAACCUCUUCAACCUGACCAUGUCAUACCGGAGGGACUCGGAUAUCUUCACCCCCUACGGGUGGCUGGAGGUCCUCAGGCAGCCCCAGAACUUCAGCAUCCCAGCCAAGUCCAAGCUGGUGGCCUGGGUGGUGAGUAACUGGAACCCAGCCUCCCGCCGGGUGCGGUACUAUGGGGAGCUGAAGAAAUACCUCCACGUGGAUAUAUACGGCAGCCAUCACAUGCCUCUGCCCCGGGACAAGCACUUCUCCACCCUGACCCAGUACAAGUUCUACCUAGCCUUUGAGAACUCGAUUCAUGAGGACUACAUCACCGAGAAACUCUGGAGCAAUGCCAUGGGCUCGGGGGCCGUGCCCGUUGUCUGCGGCCCCCCCCGAGAAAACUAUGAGCGCUUUCUGCCCCCCGAUGCCUUUAUUCACAUCGAUGACUUUCCCAAUGCUCAAGGGCUGGCCCAGUACCUCCAGGAGCUGGACAAGGACCCAGCGCGCUACCAGCGCUACUUCCAGUGGCGAACGUGGCUAAAACCGUCCGAGCGAAGUUCCUGGACCAUCCACUUCUGCAAAGCCUGCCGGGCCUUGCAAAUGACAGAGACCUACCAGACCAGGACCGGUUUGGCCAAGUGGUUCCGCUAGGAGUUACAUGCUCAGCUUGCUGGGUUUAGUACAGAUCAUUUCCGGCCGGUUCAGUUGCAAUUAGCCAAGACUGCUACGUUGCUUUGUACAGAGUUAUGCCUGCAUUUGUUACAAGCUGGGUAGCCUUUGCACCAGGAAACGGCUGCUCUGCGCACCCCCACCCCUCUGACGGUCCUCGGCUGACUGGCUUCAGAAAUCUGAAAUUGUGAAAUGCAGAAUAAGGAAGAGACGACAGAACAAAAAGCAGCUUCCGGGAGGGCACCAGUUUGGGGGAGCUCUGAUUAUGGCCAGCCUAGGUCAGUGGUUUUCAAACUUUUUUUCUGGUGACCCAGUUGAAGAAAAUUGUUGAC